GGAAGGACAUGGAGCCAGUACAGGAUGCAGUGAGGAAUAAAUGGCCCGGUUAUAGGCAGGGGAGAGACAAGAUCAGGUUUGUGUUUUAAAGAGCUCUUUGCCAGCAGUGCAAAGAAUGAACUGGAAUGGAUAGGGCAAAGUAGGCAAUCCUAGAGGAUCAGGAGGUUCCUGCAGACGUUGAGGUGAGUCCUGGCAUUGAGUUGGUGCCUAAGAAUUAGAGUGACUGAUUGGCCACGUGAGCAACUGAUCAGGUGACUGUGAGGGACCGAGUAAGGAAACUUAGAACCAUCUCAUUGACCAAAAGCUGACAACUUUUCAGAUGCAGGUCUAUUAGGUCAACCGAAGUGCAGCCGGAGGAGACACGAGGCGUGAGUGCCCUCGGCUGGCAGCCAGUCUCCGGCUAGGUCGCGGAGGCAUAGGGCUGGGGGAGAAACUUUUAGGGAUUAGAGGGGUCUGGGCCGCCUUGGCACGCAACGGCUUCUGAGCUGGGGUCUGUGAGUUGCGCGGAAAGGAGUUUCCUAACCUCAUCCAAUCAGAACGGCAGAGCCCUCCCUCCGUCGCCUUGGCAACGGGACGCUAAGGCUGUAGCCAAAGUGGCGGUGUGGAUCGCGCCCUGGGGAAUCCUAUCAUGUCACGACCGAAGAAUCAAAAUUACAAGGGCCAUGGAUUGCCAAAAGGAAAAGAACGAGAGCAGAGAGCCUCAAUCCGGUUCAAGACCACUCUUAUGAAUACUCUCAUGGACGUCCUUCGCCACAGGCCAGGAUGGGUGGAAGUAAAGGACGAAGGGGAAUGGGAUUUCUACUGGUGUGAUGUCAGCUGGCUUCGGGAGAACUUUGACCAUACCUACAUGGGCGAGCACGUGCGGAUCAGUCACUUCCGGAACCACUACGAGCUCACCCGCAAGAACUACAUGGUGAAGAACCUGAAGCGGUUCCGGAAACAACUGGAGCGUGAGGCAGGAAAGCUGGAGGCAGCCAAGUGCGACUUCUUCCCCAAAACGUUUGAGAUGCCCUGCGAGUAUCACCUGUUUGUGGAGGAGUUUCGCAAAAACCCAGGCAUCACCUGGAUCAUGAAGCCUGUAGCCCGGUCACAGGGGAAGGGCAUCUUCCUCUUCCGGAGGCUGAAGGACAUCAUGGACUGGAAGAAGGGCACCGCUGGGAAGAAGCUCACCAGCCUGGAGGCCCAGCCGGCCCGAAACACUGUCAACCCCUCUGGAAGCCAUGACACAAGAAGUUCUGAUGACCAGAAAGAUGAAAUUCCCGUGGAGAACUAUGUAGCUCAGCGUUACAUCGAAAAUCCCUACUUGAUAGGAGGCCGCAAGUUUGACCUGCGUGUCUACGUGCUGGUGAUGUCGUACAUCCCGCUGCGGGCCUGGCUGUACCGGGAUGGCUUCGCUCGAUUCUCCAACACCCGCUUCACGCUGAACAGCAUUGAUGACCAGUACGUUCACCUCACCAAUGUCGCCGUGCAAAAGACGUCUCCCGACUACCACCCAAAGAAGGGCUGCAAGUGGAUGCUGCAGCGCUUCCGGCAGUACCUGGCGUCCAAGCACGGGCCCGAGGCAGUAGAGAUGCUUUUCAGCGACAUGGACAACAUCUUCAUCAGAAGCCUGCAGAGCGUGCAGAAGGUGAUCAUCAGCGACAAGCACUGCUUUGAGCUGUACGGCUAUGACAUCCUCAUAGACCAGGACCUCAAGCCGUGGCUCCUGGAGGUCAAUGCAUCCCCAUCACUGACAGCCAGCAGCCAGGAGGACUAUGAGCUCAAGACCUGCCUCCUGGAAGACACCCUGCACAUUGUGGACAUGGAGGCCAGGCUCACAGGAAGGGAGAAGCGAGUAGGAGGCUUUGACCUCAUGUGGAACGAUGGCCCUGUCAGCAGAGAAGAGGGCGGUCCUGACCUAUCGGGGAUGGGGAACUUUGUGACCAACACACAUCUCGGCUGCGUCAAUGAUCGGAAGGAACAGCUGAGGCAGCUGUUCUGCUCCCUUCAAGGCCAGAAGAAAACGCCCAACUAAUCCCCAGCAUGGAGAACCACUGGUACCACAACGGUCCUCUCUCUGCUCCCUGUUUUUCAGCGCAGCAGCACUCAGCACUCAGUCACCCUCCCUCCCUCUUUCCGGCCUGGCAGCUGCUUUGGCCCAGCACCCCA